GUUAAAAAGCAGCUAAAUGGAGUCUGAGCAGCUGUUUCAUAGAGGCUACUAUCGAAACAGUUACAACAGUAUAACUAGUGCAAGCAGCGAUGAGGAGCUUUUAGAUGGAGCAGGUGUAAUUAUGGACUUUCAGACCUCUGAAGAUGACAAUCUGUUGGAUGGUGAUGCAUCGAUUGGAACUCAUUAUACGAUGACAAAUGGAGGAACUAUCAACAGUUCAACACAUUUACUGGACCUUCUGGAUGAACCAAUUCCUGGAGUAGGAACAUACGAUGACUUCCAUACCAUUGACUGGGUUCGAGAGAAGUGCAAAGACAGAGAAAGGCAUAGACGGAUUAACAGCAAGAAGAAAGAAUCAGCAUGGGAGAUGACAAAAAGUUUGUACGAUGCAUGGUCAGGAUGGCUGGUAGUCACACUAACUGGUUUGGCAUCAGGGGCACUGGCGGGAUUAAUUGACAUUGCUGCUGACUGGAUGACUGACUUAAAGGAAGGCAUUUGCCUUAGUGCUUUGUGGUUUAACCACGAACAGUGUUGUUGGGGUUCAAAUGAGACCACAUUUGAAGAGAGAGAUAAAUGUCCACAGUGGAAAACAUGGGCAGAACUAAUAAUUGGGCAAGCAGAAGGUCCAGGUUCAUAUAUAAUGAACUACAUAAUGUACAUUUUCUGGGCUUUGAGCUUUGCCUUCUUAGCAGUUUCUCUGGUGAAGGUAUUUGCUCCCUAUGCCUGCGGCUCGGGGAUACCUGAGAUAAAAACUAUUUUGAGUGGCUUCAUCAUUAGAGGUUACUUGGGGAAGUGGACUUUGAUGAUAAAAACAAUUACUCUGGUCUUGGCUGUCGCAUCGGGUUUGAGUUUAGGAAAAGAGGGCCCCUUGGUACAUGUUGCCUGCUGCUGUGGGAAUAUUUUUUCCUACCUCUUUCCAAAGUACAGCACAAAUGAAGCUAAAAAAAGAGAGGUGUUGUCAGCUGCUUCAGCAGCAGGAGUAUCUGUAGCCUUUGGUGCCCCAAUUGGUGGAGUCCUUUUUAGCCUGGAGGAGGUCAGUUACUAUUUCCCACUGAAGACUUUAUGGAGAUCAUUUUUUGCUGCGUUAGUAGCUGCAUUUGUUCUAAGGUCCAUCAAUCCUUUUGGUAAUAGCCGCCUAGUUCUUUUUUAUGUGGAAUAUCACACUCCUUGGUACCUUUUUGAACUGCUUCCUUUUAUUCUUCUGGGAGUAUUUGGUGGGCUCUGGGGAGCAUUUUUCAUCCGAGCAAACAUCGCAUGGUGUCGUCGACGCAAAUCUACAAAAUUUGGGAAGUAUCCUGUCCUGGAAGUUAUUAUUGUUGCAGCAAUAACAGCUGUCAUUGCAUUUCCUAAUCCAUAUACAAGGCUAAACACCAGUGAGCUUAUUAAAGAGCUCUUCACAGACUGUGGGCCGUUAGAAUCCUCCUCCCUUUGUGACUACAGAAAUGAUAUGAACGCGAGCAAAAUAGUAGAUGAUAUUCCUGACCGUCCAGCAGGCACUGGAGUCUAUUCAGCUAUAUGGCAGUUGUGUUUAGCACUCAUAUUUAAAAUAAUCAUGACAGUCUUCACUUUUGGUAUCAAGGUUCCCUCUGGGUUGUUCAUCCCUAGUAUGGCAAUCGGAGCAAUAGCAGGAAGGAUUGUAGGAAUUGCGGUGGAGCAGCUGGCUUACUACCAUCACGACUGGUUCAUUUUCAAGGAGUGGUGUGAAGUUGGAGCUGACUGUAUUACACCUGGUCUUUAUGCCAUGGUUGGUGCUGCUGCAUGCUUAGGUGGUGUGACAAGGAUGACUGUGUCCCUGGUAGUUAUUGUCUUUGAGCUAACAGGAGGGCUGGAAUAUAUUGUGCCCCUAAUGGCUGCAGUGAUGACCAGUAAGUGGGUAGGAGAUGCCUUUGGUAGGGAAGGCAUCUACGAGGCACACAUCCGACUGAACGGAUAUCCUUUCUUGGAUGCAAAGGAAGAAUUUACUCACACGACACUGGCUGCUGAUGUUAUGAGACCUCGAAGAAGCGACCCGCCUUUAGCAGUUCUGACACAGGAUAAUAUGACAGUCGAAGACAUAGAAAACUUGAUCAACGAAACCAGCUAUAAUGGUUUUCCUGUUAUUAUGUCAAAAGAAUCGCAGAGACUGGUGGGCUUUGCUCUAAGAAGAGAUUUAACUAUUGCAAUAGAAAGCGCUAGAAAGAAGCAGGAGGGGAUUGUUGGCAGUUCCAGGGUCUGUUUUGCCCAGCAUACCCCAUCGCUUCCAGCCGAAAGCCCUCGACCUUUGAAGCUUAGAAGCAUACUUGAUAUGAGCCCUUUCACCGUGACAGACCACACACCAAUGGAAAUAGUGGUGGAUAUUUUCCGGAAGCUGGGUCUGAGGCAGUGCCUUGUUACACACAACGGGAUUGUCUUGGGGAUCAUCACAAAGAAGAACAUAUUAGAGCAUCUCGAGCAACUAAAGCAGCACGUCGAACCCUUGGCGCCUCCUUGGCAUUAUAACAAAAAAAGAUAUCCUCCGUCAUAUGGCCCAGACGGCAAACCAAGACCCCGCCUCAAUAAUGUUCAACUGAAACCCAUAGCUGAGGAGAGAGAGGAAACUGAAGAGGAGGUUCAUUUGUUGAAUAGCACAACACUUUAGUCUGGGGGAUACUUCUAAAAUCAGAGACGAGAGCUGGGUUUUUGCGUAACAGUGCUGCUGGAAAUCAGGAGUUGGUCUGGGGGAAUAUGUGGUGAGGAGGAGGAAGGCUGAUGGGAGCGAGGGAAGGGAGAGCUGCUGUCCUGCACUGGAUGCGUCCCGAGACGUCAGGUCUGCCAUGAUAGUGCAGUGGGUGAGCUGUGCGAGGUGGCGCAAUUCUCCAGCCCCAGCCUGGUACUUCAGCCUUGAAGAGAUGUGGUAUUAGUCCCUGUUUCUGGAGGGAUCGUUCUGAAUUGAGCCAUCUUACGGAGACCGAAAGGUCUUGCCCUUCUUACCAUUGAAAACUGUUGUGUUAACUCAUGAAACGUAUUAUUACACGUCACCUUUCUACAUUCCAGAAGAGCUUUAUUUCUCUCUCUCCUGAGCCCUAACAAAGCCUCUUUAAAAUUGGUGUGCCCUUUUCAAGCAGUUGUUUCUCAUAUUGAGAUGUACUGUGGGUUACUGAGGUUCAAUCACAAGAAGGGAGGUUUUUCUUGUGCCAUUAAACGUGUAAGUUUGUACAUCGUGAAAUGCUCGGGGCAGUACAGAUCCGCUGCGACAAAAACAGAUUGAACAGGUAAUACCUUGCAAGAACCGUGCGAGACUUCUU